AUGUGUGUGGCAUCCGCCGCCCGCAAGCGCGCCCGCACCGGCGGCGGCAGCGAGGACGGGGACGAGGAGCCCGUGCCGGUCGCGGAUGGCAACGAGGCGCCCAUCUUUGGCGCGCGCGUCCUCGGCCAGGUCACCACGCUGACGCUCGAGGGCGAGGACGGCCCUCUAUCGCUCGGGUCGGCUGGCGUCGCGAGCGAUCACGCGGGCGCCUGCCCGGACGCGAGCGCGGCGUUUGUGGCAGACUGGAGCAGCCACGAGAUCCGGCGGGUGGAGGUGGCGACUGGCGCGGUGACCACGCUCGCGGGCAGCGGCGAGGCUGGCGACGCUGAUGGCGUGGGUGACGCGGCGGAGUUCUUCAGCCCAGCCGGCAUCGCCAUCAGCCCAGACGGGAGCGCACUGUUUGUGGUGGACUUCCACAACGACAAGAUCCGGCGGGUGGAGUUGGCGACUGGCGCGGUGACGACGAUCGCGGGUAGCGGCAACAUGGGCAGCGCCGAUGGCGUGGGCGACGUGGCGGAGUUCUACAACCCAUGUGGCAUCGCCAUCAGCCCAGACGGCGGCGCGCUGUUUGUGGUGGACAACAACAAGAUCCGGCGGGUGGAGGUGGCGACGGGCGCUGUGACGACGCUCGCGGGCAGCGGCGAGGGUGGCGACGCGGACGGCGUGGGUGACGCGGCGCAGUUCUGCUGCCCAUCUGGCAUCGCCCCGACGGCAGCGCGCUGUUUGCAGGGGUCUAGGCAGUGGUGCACGGAGAUCAAGGUCGGGACGUGGCAAUCCGGUGAGGCCACGGUCACCUUCGAGCGGGACAUCUUCAGCUGGAUCACCAAGCGCGAGGUGCCGGACUGCGGCUUUAUCACUCUCAAGAUCCGGACGUCGAGCAUCCAUGAGGCGGUCUUUGACAAGCGGAGCAACGUGCUUAAGAUCCGCGGGAUGGUGGAGGUGCCGAUGGACAAGCUCGACCGCUACUACGACCCCUAUUCCAGCCUCGGCUCGCCCAAGGGCUACCUCUGCCUCAAGUUCCAAAACUACGGGGAGUUCACCAAGGUGGUCAAGGCGGUGCCGCGGCUCAAGGCGAGGACCACCUUCCAGAACGGCAAGCUCGGUGGCAGCAGCGCUUCCGACGCCGGAGCAAGCAGCGCGCCCGGCGCCGCCGCAGCUGCGCGAGCCUCUGCUGCUGCCCGGUGCGAUGAGCGCGCGCGGACAACCUCCCAGCUGCUCUUCGACGAAGCGAAGGACGGCGGCGACGGCGACGACUUUGGCUCUGCGGGAGGGAGCAUCGUGCUUGAGGGGAGCGACGGCGAGGGCGAGGCCAAGCCGAAGAAGGGGAGCGUCCGCGAGGAGCGGCGCAAGAAGCGCGCCCGCGAGACGGCGCUGGCUGACAACUCGCAGGAGGAGUCGCAGGUCGAGAUCACCGGCGUGCGCUCGCGCGAGGAGAAGGAUGCGGAGGGCCGCGCGAACGCGAUCGACGUCGACUGGCCGAGCGGCGAGGCGGGCGGCAGCGAGGCGGAGGCGCGGCCGGCGCAGCGGCCUCGCGUGGAGCGGAGCGUGCGCGAGCGGCUGGUGGAGCUCAAGAGCCUCCACGAGGAGGGGCUCAUCUCGGAGGCCAACUUCGAGGCGCGGCAGCGCGUGAUCCUCGACGACAUGUGA